AGUUAAUUAAUUGUAUAAACAAUGUCAAACAAAAUGGACGAACUUAAACAUAAAUUUCUUGGACUGAUAAAUAAACAGCCUCCAAAAAUACCCUCUAUGGGAUUUAAUGAUGCAAAUUAUCAUUUUUCUGAUGUACCCACACUUUCAAUUAACAGUAAAACUGUUCAGGAAGUGGAUAGACCAGCUGACCAAGAUAUUCUUGAGGGCAUAGAAGCUGCCUAUUUUUCUAUCAACCCUGAGUUUGAUAUAUGCAGAUUUGAAUUAGAAAAAUUACCUGAAACUCUUGAUUGUGACCAAAUUCAAAGAGAUUUCAAAAAAUUGAAGCAGCAACAUCAAGUAGUAUCCAAGAAAGUUUUGCAAUUGAUAUUAGAACAUCAAACAGGGUGCAACGGUGAAUUUGAGAAGAUGACUGAAAUUUUAGAUAAUGUUAAAGAAACCUUGGAGUUGUGUAGAAGUAGCAGAAAGGAGUUAAAAGUAGCUGCAAGCCAGUUUACUGACAGUUUGGGUAUUUUGGCAAAUUAUAGAAAACGAAAAAUGGCUCAAAAUUUGCUAAAUAAUUUAAAUACUAUUAAGGAUUUGCACAGCUUUGAAAAGAGAUGUCAAGAAAUGAUAAUGGAAGAAGACUUUGUCAGAGCUAUCACUGAAUUAAAAAGAUGUCAGAAAAUAGCUACUCAGUAUAGACAUUUCAGUUGUGUUGCGGCCUUGACUUAUAAAAUACAGGAAACUUUAGAAAACACAGAUUCCCAGUUGGAUAGAAUUUUAGCUCAGAUUUGUUUUCAUUUUGAUAAGGAAAGAUACAGAAAACUACAAGCGGCCUAUGAUCUCUUAGAAAAAUCUCAAGUAUCAAUGAUUGACAAUUUGCACGUGCAUUAUAUUACAGCCAUAUAUAAUUCUUCUUUUAACGUUAUCCAGUCAUACAUUUCAUCACCCGAUAUAUUAGAUUCUAGUGAAAAUAGUGGAAAGAAUCCAUACACAGUUUUGUGCCAGGCUAUUAAUCAAGACGUUUUUAUUCCAUGCCUGAUUCAACUGUGUAAAGUUCUUUUCAAAAUAGUUUUAAGUUACCACAAGUUGGUUAAGUGGCACAAUUCUGACCAUGACCCUGAAUAUUCCGAAUGUGAAAACGAUAUUAUAGCAAGCAAGCAAAAAUUAAACCACAAUGUUACAAAAAUUUGGGACGAUGUACAAAGGAAAGUGUCUGGUCUCUUAUUAAACGGAGAUUUGGCGAGGUAUAAGUUUGACCAGUUCGUUCAAGUCCUCAGAGUUGUACACAGGUUAAUUCAAGUUGGUGAAGAGUUUUGUUCUAGCAAGUCUGAAGAUUUACAAGAAUCGAUAAAGAAACAAAGCGAAAACUAUUUUCUAAACUACCACGCACAACGGCUAGAGGAACUUAAAAUAUUUUUAGAAAAUGAAAUGUGGGAAAUCUGUCCAGUGAAGUCGUCUUUUUAUAUAAUGCAAUUACAGGAAUUUAAACCCUUCCGCUACUCAAUGAAAACUUUCAAAUUCAAUCCACAAACUAGUCCUACAACUAUGAAUUAUUCUACCAAUUCGACAGAAUGCUCUUCUACUCACUCUUUAGAUGGCAGUAGUAUUAUCGGAAACUAUUUUAUUCGUUUUGCCGAACAUGGUACUCCCUUCGAUUCGGGUUUGGAUGAAAUUGUAAUCGAUGAGGAUAUUAUGGUAACGGAGAAUGAUGGAUCAGGAUAUUACUCAGAGGAGAGCGAUGACAAUGAAGAUUUGGAAAAUGAGUAUGUGGAAGAAUUAAACAAUUUAAGACGCGUAAACAGUAAAGAUAAAAAAGACAAAACGCAAUCAAACAAUCCUGUAUUAACCAACACUUCGUUAACCGUGCUGCGACAGAUGGGAAAAUAUAUUCAGAUGUCUCGGCUGUUGAAACCUAUAGCAUUUCGUAUUAUUUCCUGUAUGAAUCAACUGUUUGAUUACUACUUAUAUUCAGUACAUUUAUUUUUCACUGCAGACUUGGUUGUUUCCAGUGCCAAUUUGUAUUCACAAGAGCUUAACAUGACACUUCAAAGAAUCUCAAAUGAUCUGAUAUUAGAAAAUAAUGUAAUAAUAGAUGAGGAAAAUCAGGGUCGUGACGGUAGAGUUUCUAAACCUUCCAUUUCUCCCAUGACAGAAUUGAAAAAUCCAGAAAAGCUCAAUGGUUUAGCUGAGAGAAUCGUUGCAGUGGAAAGUUUGGUAUUUUUGUCCAAACAAUUUGAAUUUUUACAGGAGUAUUUGGAUUACUUGGUGCCUCAAAAUUUUAAAGGUGUUCUACAGCAAUUUUAUCUCCAAACUAUAGCUAGCGCUCCUGAUUUAAGGAAUCCAGUUUACAUGGCAGUCGUCGCUCAAGCUUUUGAUUUAAGACAGAUUUUAACCAGUAUGUCCAAAAUAAAUUGGGAAGUAAGGGACGUUAGAUCGAUGCACAAUUCUUAUGUGGACACAUUGUUAAGAGAAGUACAAAUAUUUACGUUAAGAUUGGAGGAAAUAGCAAUAAAAGUUCCGAUAUCGAUGGAAGCGUACCAAAAUAUAUGGAGAAAUGUUGCACAUAUUGUGACACACACCUUGGUACAAGGAUUUUCUGAAGCCAAGAAAUGUACAAAUGGUGGUAGAGCUCUAAUGCAGUUAGAUUUUACUCAAUUUUUGACUAAAUUUGAAAAGAUAUCGUCGCUAAAACCAGUGCCUCAUAAAGAGUAUGUUGAAAACUAUGUGAAAGCAUACUAUUUACCUGAUAUUGAGUUGGAAAAAUGGAUAAGAGACCAUAAGGAAUAUUCCUCCAAACACAUGUUGGGUUUAGUGAGCUGUGCAUGUCAAAACAAUAAGAAAACUAGACAAAAACUUCUACAAGUGAUUGAAGACAUAGAAAAAAAUAAAUUUCCUAGGUAACAUUAUAUGUUUUUCGACAGUCAAUUAUGUUUUACUUUCUCUCUCUUCUUAUGUGAUAUUGUUACAUAUUGUAUAAUUUUAAGUUUAUAUAAUCUAUUUAUUAAAUUGUUGAGUGAUAUUUUUCUCGAGAAAAUGUAUUUUUAUCGAUUCC